UCCGGGUGGUUGUCACAGACGCUUUUUGGAUAAUUCAGAUUAGUUACAAAUGGAGCAGAUUGUAACAGAUUUUCAUUGACUGCAAACAAAACGCUCUGAUCGAGAGGCAGGAUGGAAUGGCAGGGGGACCUUCCACAGGAUCAUGCCUUUGUAGAGCUCCUGCUUCCUGGGCUUCCCAGCGAGCUGGAUAUCCAACAGCUGCUCCGAGACACAGAGGACAAACUCAAACUCAAUGCCUGCAGUAUAGAACAGAGUCUGAAGGAACUGCAGGGGAAGAUGGGUGAGUCCUGGACGGGGGAGCGUCCACCCAGCCCAACGGAAUGUCUGCAGUGGUUUAACCCACGGAACCCCAGCACCGUCAGGCCUGUCGCCACAGGAAACCAGGAGCUCCUGGACUUCCUGAAAGCUCUGCUCCAGUACCUUAGGACCGAGGAGGAGGGGCGAGAGGACGUGACCCUCCAGCUGCUCCACAACAUCUCCUCCCAGUGUGGCGUGUCCUUCCCCAACACCACCCCCUCGCCCACCCCCCAGCAGCCCGGCCCCUCGGCACACACCUCGGUCCACACGGUCAGGGACGACAGUGCUCUGGAGAGCCAUGAGGUGUGGGAUGAGGUAAGGCUCCAGCUGCGGCGCCACCUGCUGGACAGACUUUCCUGUCCCCUCCCCGUCCCUCAGCGCAUCUACUGUCUGCAGCAGCUGUUCUUCCUCUACCCAGAGUGGGAGGUGCUGACGCUCUACCAGGGCCUGAGGAGCCAGGCUGUCCUGUCUCUGCUCCACUCUGCCCUGGCCACCAGCCCCGGUGGGAAGGAGACGGGCUUCGACAGGCUGGCCCUGGGGCUCCGUGCUGCCGCCCCAGCCCUGUGCUCGGCCCUCAGGGAGGAGCUCCAGGUCCUCAAUGGGGUGGCCAAGCCCCAUACCAUUCUGGGUUUCCUGAAUGCUGCCUACCUGAACACUGUGUCCCAGGAGCUGGGCGCCAUGAUGGAGAGAGAGUGUGAGAACGCCCUAAAGGACAACACUACGCUGAGCGGUGGCAAGGGGAGGAAGAGCUCGGCCAGGACCAAGGCUACUGUAGCGCCUCUGGAGCUGCCCCCCAGGAGAGACAGGAACUUCAGCCUAACAUCUCACCAGCUGAGGGUCCUGACCCAGCUAGCCUGCACUCUGCUGGGCCUGGAGAGCCAAGUGGACGAGCUGGCCACUCAACUGGCAUUCAUCAACUGUGCUGGGGAGACUCCCUGCAGUGUGAGAGGAAUAUUGAAAAAGACCAAAGAUGACAUGGAUAUGACCACUGUCGAUGGUAGCAAGACCACGGCAGAGACGCUCUUCCAGAGUCCGGAGGCCAUUGUUCUGGAGUUUGAUUGGAGGGCUGCUUUCAGGAAGCUGGUGCCCCAUAUGGCUCACUGUGUCAAGGUGGUGCUGGAGGAUGUGUGCACCAAGAGUCUGCAGCAGGAGGAGCUGUCACACACAUCUGGCUCCGCCCACUUGGUCCUGACUAGCACACCCCACAGAGAUGACUCCUCCCUCACCUGCCCAGAGAGGGACCGCCCCAAGAUGGUCGCCAAGUUCUGUGGCGACAUCAUGGGGGAGUGUGAUGCCCUCCUGCCCCUGGCGGAGGCGUGUGGAGAUGCCGCCCUCCUGGAGGUGCGCUGCAGCUUCGUGGAGGUGUGUGCCUGGGUCACGUCUGCCAUCCUGGGUCGUGUGGAGGAACGGGCAGGGGAGGUGCCCUCUGCUGCCCCCUUGAAGAACCUUAUUGCUCUGCUGGGCACCAGUAUGUACAUCCACCAACGGCUGUGUCACUAUGAGGCCCAACUCAGAGAGACUAACCCCACCGCAGCCAGAGUCCCCAUGACACUGCUGCCCAUCCAGAGGUACCAGGAUGUGACGGAGGGCCUGAGAGAGCAGCUGGCCAGCUACUGUGUCCAGGUGUGCACCAGCACUAUCCUGCAAGACGCAGAGAGCCACCACUGGGCUGACCCCAAACCCUUCUACGAGGGUGAUAGGUGUUCAUUCUCAGUGCAGAUGUGGCACUACUUCCUGACUGGGCUGCGUACUGACCUGUGGUUGGCUGUGCCAGGCUCUGUGGGGCGGGACGUGCUUGCUCAGGUGACCAGUGAGAGUCUGCAGGUUCUGGUGCAGAGGUACUCCAGGGCACGGCCCUCCUACAAGAGGCACCUGCAGAUCAGGAGUGACAUCACGGUGGUGCUGCUGUGUGUGGAGCAGCUCAUGUGGAGUGUGUGUGAGCGGCCCGAGGCGCUGGCUCAGUCAGAGCCAUCGGUGGCGGGCUGCGUCUGGGUCGCCUCAAUCCACAGCCUGUGUGACCAGCUCCUGACCACGCUGGUCAUAGUGACCGCACCCCUGCCUCAGCUCUACUGGACUUUCCAGGACAGACCUGGAGAGGGCUCCGCGCCAGCUCUGGCCCAUUCCCCAGGCAGCCCUGGCAUACACUGGCUCUGUGCCAUCCACCCUGGCCUGUUCACCCAGCAGGCAGCACGGGAGGGCCUGGCGGGCGAAGCGACCUCCGAGUGCCAGCUGAGGCUGCUGACCUCUGACCCAAGAUGCAGUCCCAGGUUGCUGCUGACCGCCAUCCUGCACAGAGACUGUCACCUGCUGCGAGUCCUCCUGGAACACUCCCAUUUCUGCGUGGAGGAGGAGGCAGAUGCUGAUGCUGUGUGUCCUGUGAAGAGCGAUGCUGGAGAUGAGUUUAUGGAGGCUGUGUACAACGUGCUCAGCUCUCUGAACAAUGUCCCAAAAGCCCUGACUCUGGCCCUGGAGACUUACUUUGACAGAGGACACUUAUGGGACUAUCUAUACAGCCCGGCAGAUUCAGUGCGGCCUGUCCCCGUGGUGAUCAGCUUUAUCCGGGCAGUGGUCAACCAGCCUGUCCACUGCCUUCUGGGCCAUCUGGUCACCAUGGUACUGGCUUGGCAGGCCUCUGAGGAUCCCUGUUCCUCCCUGCUCAGACGGGACAUCCCAGACAACAUCCUCACUAAAGUCCCCAGGGAGUGGAGCUAUACCCUUCAGACACCCAAGGGGAGGGAAUCAGCUAAUAGUGUGGUGAAUCUGGCACUCCAGGCCCUCUCCUUCAUCUACACCAACCUGCCCUCGGCCGUGGCUUCCCUCCCUCUGCCAGUACGCUUCCUCUUUCACACCGCAGAGAAACACCUUUCCCAGCAUGCUCGGCAGCUGCGCUCCACAGGCCUGCUCCUCUGGGCCCUCCUUAGCUGUCUCUGCCAGUGCCUGGAGGACCCCAACUCACUGGAGCUGCUGUGCGGCUUGCCUUUGGACCGGGGGGCCAAGGAGAGACUGGCCCUGCUGUCAGAGUGCCUCCAGGGGACCAUGGGCCAGGGCCAGCAGAAGGGUGUGCCCAAGCCCACUGUGCACAAGGUACUGCAGGCUCUGGAGGAGAGGAGGCCCAAGUGGUGCUCCAUGCAGCUGCAGAAGGCCCGCAAGCUCUGCUCCGAGAGUGCGUUUGAGUGGGGCGAGAGUGGUGUUCCACAGGAGGGGGGCGGCGGUGUGGCUGAGGCGACUGAGCAGAAAAUAGGGCUGAUACUCCUGGAGAUUUGCCACAAACCAGGUGGCUCCGAGUACCUGAGGCAAAUCUAUCAUAUCAUCCAAGUCAAUGAGCCACUGUUGAGGUCCAAGCUGUGUGUGUCCAGUGACCCCCCAAUUGACUCUCCUCAGACAGUAACCUUUGACCUGGGAACAGACAGCCCUGGUCACCCCUCACCCCGGUUCAACCCCCUCCACCAGUUUGACCACAUCGGCAGCAACAAGUUAGACCAGUGUCUCCUCAUAUAUCAACAGGCAGCCGUGGGAGACUGGGCCUGGGACUGGGCCACACUGCUGCCAACUUACCAGGGGAUGAGUCAGGUGACCUUGAGAGCACUCCUGGUCAACAGGUGGGAGAUGCAGUAUGGUGCAGUUCUGGAAGAUGAAGAGAAGCCUCUGGUGGAGGAGCUGCAGAAAGCCUACUUCAACCAGAGCCCUGGAUCCCAAGGCGCCCCCCCCCCACCUCCGGAGUCACCCAGGCAGCACCAGGAUGAACAGCAUGCAGCAGCAAACAUCAGCAAUUAAAUCUGCUGCACUCCUUCCUCCAAAAGGCCCUUUGUGUUAAACGAGAAACAUUGUAACGUCUGCACAGUACAGCUAAGGGAGAAGCUGUGUGUGCGUGUGCGUGCGUGUGCGCGUGUGUGUGUGUGUGUGUGUGUGCGUGCGUGCGUGUGUGUGUGUGUGUGUACGUUACUUUCAAAAUGUUAUCCGUUACUAGUUACCUGUCCAAAG